AAUGGUGCGGUCAAGUAUUGAAGUCGCCCUUCAAUCUCUACAAAAUGAUUCAACAAAAUCCAACAAUUCACUAUAUACCAUUCUUGGCGGAGAGGUGACAGUUGAACUUCUCCUUAGAGAUACCAAAUGCGAUGUUUCGUUGGGAAUUCAUCAGCUCUUUUUACUUUUGCAAAAGGAAAAAUUUUACAUGGUUAUAGGCCCAGCCUGUGAUUAUGUAGCGGCUCCUGUCAUAAGGGAACUCAAAUAUUGGGGAAUACCUGUAAUAACAGCAGGUGCUUUCGCUUAUGAUUUUUCCAAAAAGAAGGAUAUGUACGGCCGUUUGACUAGGAUUGGAGCAACAGCAAACUCACUGGCUGAUGCAAUUCUAACUAUUGUCAAUCGAUUUGGCUGGAGUAGACUGUUGAUAUUGUAUGAAAGAGAGGCAUUUGAAGACAAAGUUUUUAGAUUUUGUUUGCUGAGCGCAGAUGCCAUUGAGAAGAAAUUAACUACUAAAAAAGCGGAGGUUGAAUAUCAAAAUAUUAUACUGAAGAAUAUAGAAGAUAUCUUAACGAAUAAAUUGGGAUUACGUUACGCAGGUAGGAAGAUUCUUUUUUAUCAUCCCUAA